AAAGUUCACAGAGAGGGAGUCUGCACUCCUAAACACAACAACGAAGAGGAAAAAGAAAGUAUUGCGGCCUUUCGUGACACAGUACCAGCCUUCAGUGUCUACUUUAAAAGAAGUUUUUAUGAAAAAAUGGAAUCUUUUACAAAACCAACCGCUACUUCGCAAAAUUUUUAAAGAACCACCUACCAUUUCCUACAAGAAAAGAAAAUCCCUAAAGGACAUGCUCGUUAGAGCUAAAAUAUAAAAGUUUAACACAAGGUUUCACGCCGGUAUGGUUGUGCGGCCUGUCACCCCUCGCAUUUUCUUAUGUUUCCUUCUCUCCCCUCCCCUUCCCCCUUCAAUCCUCUUUUUUGCCCUCGUCCCUACUUUCUCGACGAACUCACGCAGAAACGCUUGCCACGCAGGCGAGACCAUACGAAUCAGCACUGUCGCAAUAAACGAUGAUUACUCCUGAAGCCUGACCUCCUUCUCUUCAAUCGAAUGAAUUGAGCGCUCCAAGAAAUACAUUCUACUCAGAAUACAAGUAUUUAUAUAUAAUUAUAUAUAGAGAGAGCAAUGCCAGAACUAAAACUCGCUGAAAAUGCCCAUACCAACUCUCAUAAUAUUUCUGUUACGCAACAACAUUCUCCUUCGUGAACUUGGGGUACCUGUGGCAUUAUUUGUGACGUAAACGCGCAUCUAUAUGUGACUAUGCUAUAAAGCACUAAUGAACUCACUCGAUCAGGAGAAGUAUUGACUCGAUCUCCUGCAUUUGUAUUUCGUUGUUCCUCGCAGUCUUGCAGAGAGAUUUACCAAUGGUCGAUUUUUAUUUCGAGAAUUUCGGCGCCAUUGGUAAUAGAGAGAGAAGCACUGUCAGUGGAAACAGCCGAUAACAAGUGAAAACGAUCAGAGCCGAUUUCGGUAUGUACAUUGUAUGCUGUAGUGUGAAUAUUAAUAACAAUAUCGUAAACUCCUCCCUUUAUAGGUUCCUCCAGCUAGCAGGUCUAACUUACAGAUCACUUUCUAGUAAAUCAUCAAUGGAACAGUGAUGUGACCUUCAGACCCAGCAGCCGAAGGCUCAUUUUUGGGGAUUGCUCUCAAAUAAAACUUGCUAUCAUGAUUCAUUCAUAAGAUUUCUUCAUUGUGGUUCGCUUUGGCGUCCUAGAAUUGACAGUAGUACAAACCAAAAAAAAAUAACACCAAAAAAAGAAAAUAAUAAGAAAACGCUAUCUAUUUGCUUCACUGCCGCUCCGGUGGAGCAUCGUGUGACUCAACAACAACAACAACAACAAUCGUUUAUUGUGCUCUUGAUACAAAAGUGUAAAGACAUUAAGAAAAAAAGAGAGCAAAGCCACUCAGAAAUAGCAAAAGCUGGACUUCGAUCCGAGCGGCUGCAAAUGAGACCAGCCCCCCAGCUUUUGAUCCCUCUAGUUUGUGUGUUUGUUUUCACAAUAAGGCCUAAAAAGAAUUUUCUUAUCGUUAAUUAUGCGUAAAUAUGCACCUGAAUAAGAAUAAAUUGCCUCAGGGGACUAGCACGUGACACUGCGAGCAGUCUCUCUUUUAUUAGGGACUUUACGAUCUGAUAACGGCAUCGUCCAUGAAACCCUUGCUGAAAAAUAGACGUCCGCAUCCUUUCAAACCAUUUCGCGCUUAUCCCGAGUCGCCCAGUUACUUAAAAGAAGGGAAUUUAUUUAUUUAUUUAUUUUUAUUUAUUUUAUUUUAUUUGCCACACAAUAAUUACAAAAAGUAUAGGAAAAGAAGAAAAAAAGAAGUGGCGAGGAGACCUAACAGAAGCUAUAGGAGCUUAUGAGAGGUUAGGCCUCCUCGAACUAUGAGCUAGAGCUGUACCACAUCAAUUGAAGAAAAGAAGGCGAAGAGUCGAAGAUGGAAAGAUUUAUGAACUGUUUUCAAACUUACUCAAUAAUUUCAUCUUCAGUUUUUUCUUAAAAGAGGAGAGGGAUUGAGAGUUGAUGACCUUGUUGUCAAGUGAAUUAAAAAACUUAGGCGCUUGAAAAAAGGGCGAGAACUUCUUCGUGUUUGUACGACAAUUUAUGUUGGAGCUGAAGAGAGAGGGCCGCACCUAGGUUCAGACUUAACGCCUUGCCGUUCCCGUCCUCAAAAGAGCUUAACAUUUGGUCAUUUCACGUCGUAUUCGUGCAGGGACGGCAAAAAAAUGUACAGAAAAGCGUGAUGCACGUGCAAAGUUGUUGUUUUACUGACUAAACUCAUUGCUUUUUGACGUUGCCGUUGUCGUCGCCGUCGUAGUUUUAAAUAAAUAAAUAAAUAAAUAAUACAAACCACAUUUCAAAAUGUUGAAAAGUUAGCGCUAUUUGCCAAAGAUUUCAGUCUUGCUUUCAAAAAGUUUAAAUUUUCCUGUCUCUAGUGCGUUGGGUUCAGUUCCAUCAUCAUUCAACCUCGUCCCGCGGUACAACAUGAAUCGGAAAAACCAUUAGGUUUAUCUUGGCUGUUUCGGCCAAGCACGACAGAAAUAACAACACGGUUAUACUACAACUUCUAUUACAUUCAAAUGUAUGGUAGAUAAACUAGAACAGAGCUGAACGACAGUUCAUAAAGAAUACUGUCAGAACAGAGGCCAGAAAAAAUCUGCCUGAAAAAACCCUACUAGGGAAAAAACUCGGCACGACGUCUGGGUCAUGGCUCAUGCCCUGAAAGGCCCAUCCUACGAAGGCUACACGACUGGAAGGUUACUGCCCACUAUUACUAAACAUGUAUUCCAACAAAGCACGAUAAAUUCGAAAUAAUCAGUCGAGAAAAUACGAAAAAUAACUGAAACAAGCUAAAACCCUCGGCAACUCGAUCUGUGACUUAAUAAAUCAAAUAAUAAAUAAAAAAUAACGUGGGCUAGACGAGGUGUCGGCCUAGAAUGCUUUCCCCCGUGAUAAGCAUACCUCAUGGCACUCCAUUCUACCCAUACUACACUUCAACUGCUUGAACAUACGAAAUUUCUCUUCUCGUGUUGAAAAUAUUUCACUCGUUCGCAUAUUUUUUAACACUCGAAGAGAAAUUUCGUAUCUCCGCGCGGCCAUGUAGUUUGACGUACGAACGUCAGAAAAAUUAUAUUCUGCCUUAUAAAUAGUUUUUUUGUUUUAAGCCAUUGAUGUUUAUUACGCUGUCUUUUUUACGUGAUGUAUAUGUAAAAAGAUAAGUGGUUUCACCGUAAAGCUUCCUGGUAAAAUAAAAGCUUUGAACAUUUCAAUAUAUGGCGCCAGUUGUGAUUUAAUAUAUUUGUUUCAUUUUAGAGUGAAAUGGCCCUUUCAAGUUCAAAGCAACACUGCCGUAUCUCAUCUGUUGUAAACAUUCGCUUCUUCCGGCCAAAUGACAGAGCAGCUUGUCAGAAAAUAUUCGUAGAUGGAAGCAACGAGAGUGCAAAGGAUACCUUUUUGUUUUUUCUGACAAGAGUGACAUGGUAUUUUGCUGUAGGAGCUGUUCCUGCCUCAUUCACAGCAAUCAUAUGGUCACCGUGGAUUUUAGCAGUAUAUUUUCUGCUUGCGUUUUUAUUUUUCAUAUGCCCCAUCAUUUACUGGUUUAGCGUUUACAAAAGCUGGCAGAAAUCCAGGUUAAAUACAAAGUUUAGUUUGUCUGACGGAGAACAAAUCUGGGUUGCAGAGUUAAAUAGUAAAGUUGUGGGGAUGGUGAGACUCACUCCUAAGCCGCAUCCAGGAGUUUCUGAAUUACAGAUGAUGUAUGUCGUUCCGCACUGUAGAAAAAUAGGGAUUGGUAAAAAACUGCUUACUGAACUUACUGCAUAUGCAAAGAGGAAAGAAAUGGAGAAGAUUGUGUUAGAUACGUCAAGCCCAGCGACUUCUGCAAUCAGACUCUAUGAAAAGCAUGGUUUUAAAAUUGUCGCCAAGAGCCGAUUAAACCAAUAA